AUGUCUUUUAAUCCCAUCAUUCAAUUUCAAAAACACAAAUAAUCCCACUUUAAACAAAACUAGAUCCCUUCCAUUUUUUUUAUUAUAACGUCCCUUACCUUCUAACUCAUUACUUGUGUUAUCACUCGUUAAAAUGUUAAAACUUUUAUCACUUCUGGCUGUUUUGCCAUAUUUAGGUCACUCAUUACCAGCAACAACUAAAGAUGAGAUACCGGGUCGCACUGCCCUUGAUAAUUUUCCACUAAUUGAUGGCCACAAUGACCUGCCUUACAAUUUAUACUCGAAACUGAAAAACCAAAUUGCGAAUUUUUCAUUCGAUUCAGAUUUGAGUAAAGACCCAGUUUUCGGUUUCGACGCGUGUAAAUCGUGUUUCACGGACUUAGAAAGAGCAAAAACGGGAAAAUUAGGAGGACAGUUUUGGGUGGCUUAUGUGGACUGUAACCCCAGCAAUUACAGCACUAUUGUGUCACGAAGUUUCGAACAAGUGGAUGUUAUUCGAAGACUAAUAAACCAUUUCAGCGAUCACAUGCAAUUCGUUACAACGGCAGAUGGAAUUUUGGACGCUUUUAAAAAUAAAAAAAUCGCAAGUCUUAUCGGCCUCGAAGGUGGACAUUCAAUUGACAAUAAAAUGGCCCUUUUGCGCCAAUUCUACGACGCUGGUGUCCGUUAUAUGACGUUAACACACACUUGCAAUCUUCCAUGGGCCGAUGCGUCCCCAGUCGACGAUACCAACAAUUCACCGCAAGCAGAUUUAACGAAAUUUGGUGAGAAAAUCGUUUUAGAAAUGAAUCGACUCGGAAUGUUGGUAGACCUGUCACAUGUGUCCCAUAAUGUCAUGAGUCGGGCAAUUGACGUAUCAAAAGCCCCUGUCAUUUUCUCACAUUCCUCUGCAUUUUCCAUUCAUAAUCACCAUAGAAACGUACGAGAUGACGUUUUAGAGAAAGUUAAAACCAAUCAAGGAGUCGUUAUGGUGAAUUUUUAUAGCGCUUUUGUCGGGAAAGACAACGUGACGAUCGAUGAUGUCAUAAAUCAUAUCAAUCAUAUUGUCGAUAUGGCAGGAAUCGAUUGUGUGGGGAUUGGGUCGGACUAUGACGGGGUUAGUAGUGUUCCCGUGGGAUUAGAGGAUGUUUCCAAAUAUCCCGAUUUGUUUGAUAAACUUAAAGAAAAAAAUCCCCAAAGAUGGACUAUACCAAAUUUGGAAAAGUUGGCCGGAAAAAAUCUGUAUAGGGUUUUUAAGCGUGUGGAAGAGGUUAAAAUUGAAUUGGCGUCAGUAACACCUGAUGAAAGUCUAAUUCCUGAUGAAGAUUUAGAAGAAAAUGCUUCGAUUGAAAUUUUACCGUCAUUUAUUUCCAUUGUAGUAUCCGCCAUUCUGCUCAAAUUGUAAUCGAAAUAAAGAGUUUUCGCAUUUGA